AUGGAGACCACACCAAUAGAGACCACACCAAUAGAGACCACACCAAUAGAGACCACACCAAUAGAGACCACACCAAUAGAGACCACACCAAUACAGACCACACCAAUACAGACCACACCAAUAGAGACCACACCAAUACAGACCACACCAAUGGAGACCACACCAAUAGAGACCACACCAAUAGAGACCACACCAAUAGAGACCACACCAAUACAGACCACACCAAUACAGACCACACCAAUAGAGACCACACCAAUACAGACCACACCAAUGGAGACCACACCAAUAGAGACCACACCAAUAGAGACCACACCAAUAGAGACCACACCAAUACAGACCACACCAAUACAGACCACACCAAUAGAGACCACACCAAUACAGACCACACCAAUAGAGACCACACCAAUAGAGACCACACCAAUAGAGACCACACCAAUACAGACCACACCAAUAGAGACCACACCAAUAGAGACCACACCAAUACAGACCACACCAAUAGAGACCACACCAAUACAGACCACACCAAUAGAGACCACACCAAUAGAGACCACACCAAUAGAGACCACACCAAUACAGACCACACCAAUAGAGACCACACCAAUAGAGACCACACCAAUAGAGACCACACCAAUAGAGACCACACCAAUACAGACCACACCAAUACAGACCACACCAAUAGAGACCACACCAAUAGAGACCACACCAAUAGAGACCACACCAAUACAGACCACACCAAUACAGACCACACCAAUAGAGACCACACCAAUAGAGACCACACCAAUACAGACCACACCAAUACAGACCACACCAAUACAGACCACACCAAUACAGACCACACCAAUAGAGACCACACCAUUUGGCUGA